AACAACGUCUGACGCCAGGCAGCGGGGAAAUGCGGCAGGAAGAAGCGUAAGAGGCGCUUCUCCGCUUCGGCUCUAGCGGGUAACAUGUCGGGACCUUCCUUGGAAACCACCGGCCCGGUAAAAGCCGGUGCGGUCGGCGGCUCGCGCUCCCGUCGGAAGCUCCUGACCACAGAAGAGGGGGAGCUGUUUGAGUUGGCGCAGGCGGCGGGAACCAGCAUCGACCCGGAAGUCUUCAAGAUCCUGCUGGACCUCCUGCGUAUGAAUGUGGCGCCCGCGGCGAUUUUUCAGAUGCUGCGAUCCAUGUGCGCCGGACAGAGACUGGCUGCCGAGGGCGCUCCGGAGCUUGCCCGUGAGCCCCAACUUAUCUCUGCCAAGACCAGUAAAAUCCCUGCACCUCUCUCACUUUCCUCUGCCCUUCGACCUCCAAGAAUAAGAGUCACUAAGGCUGGGGUCUACGGUCCCGCUGCGGCUUGCUCGCCUCUCUCUCAAGGUCCCCCUGGCUCUUUCCAGUUUUCUUGCUGCCUGUUCUCUCCUUUUGCAGGGAGAACCAAAACCGGUUCGGCAACAGCGGGGCCCCAAACCCUGUCUGAUCACAGCAGCCGGGAAGGAUCCAGCCAGCGAGUACCUCGGCAGCCAAGUGCCAGCCGGCUGCAGAAGACUGGGAAAAGUACGUAGCUAUUUGGGAAGUGAAGGGCAGAAAGAUGACUCGCUCUAGGAUCACAGUGAAAUCGGAACUUAGCAAACAGAGUUUGUUAUAACUGACUGGUCUUGGAGCUCAAAGCAUAUUUAGUACGAUUCCAAAGUGAUAUGAAACAUCUCAAGGAUGGAACCGGCGCUGCAUGAACUUCUGACACGUUAGCUAGUAAAAAGCUGCACUUAUGUAGCUGACUGAUAAACCCAUCAUGGUUGCUUUUGUGUUCUUAUUUAAAACAACUUUUCUCAUGGUUAUAUCUUACCACUGUGUGUUGGUGUGAUUACUUUCAUGCGCAUCACUUGAUGACAUUUCUCUGCAGCCCCCUCAAAUGCCUUAGGUUUGUUGUUUAAAAAAUUUGCCCCUUUCUUUACCAUGCAGCCAGAGACGUUGCAGGUUUAUUAAGUCCUGAGUUCAGUUGGGUUUACUUCCAAGGAAGUAUGCGUAGGAUUUACAGUCUUUGCCCUUCGCAGAUCCUCUCAUAUUUAUAUCCUACCUUCAAUCUUCAGAGGCUUCGGGUUUUGGCAAGUUACGAAUUUUGCACCAAGUUCAAUAGUACAACCAUGUAAACACUGCCUGCCAGAUCAACAUGUCAGCAAUUGGACCGAAUCCAGGAUUCUCGUGUGUGUGUUCAAAGGAUGAUUCACGGAGAUGCGGCUUCAGAAAGCAGCCAGCUAACCCAUCUAGGAUGGUAUAUGGCUGCCUAGAUUGUCUCAUGAGUACAGUCCCCAGGUUAUUAUCCCCAGCCCUGCCCUCCUGUUGUGGCUUAGUAACCCUCCAGUCCAGAUUCUAAUCCUUGUGCUGUCCUGAUUCCUCAGCAGUUUCAAAGGUAUUUGUCUGCUGGCUUGAUCUCUCCCCUACAUUUUCUCUGCGACCUUUCGCCUUGUUCAGAACGCGCACAUGCGUAGCAGCGCAUGAAAAUAGGAAAUGGGCAGACUGAGGAAAUGCCCUGCCCUGAUCUCCGUGCCCAGAAACUCCUCAUCCUGCUAGUUUGGAGUGUGUAUAUGCAUUGAUCCUGUUAAAUGUAUGUGGAAAAUGUAAUAUAUGAAUUAUGGUUUCCUCUCUAAGCCAGGUAAUAUUUGUGCUGCGCCAACAACCUCUUUGUCCUGGUAUUGGUAUUUGUUUUUCUGUAAAUGUUUUGCUAAUUGGUAAAGUUUCACAAAAUGUAUUAAAACCAAUUUCUACAGA